AUGCUGUCGCACCUGAAGGAGCGCAAGGCCGAGAAGCAGAGCUAUGGCCACGUGGACAGCGCCGUGGACAUGAGUCCCGGGGGCUUCAUCGACGCGCGCAGCGUGGCCAAGAGCGUGGAGGCGGGCAAGGGCGGCGUCAAGAAGCAGCAGCAGUCGAACUCGGAGGACGACGAGGAAGACGACGACGACGACGCGGACGCCGACAGGGACCCGGCCAGGGACAAGCUGAAGACAGAAAACUUGGCCCACGACGUGCGCUUCCGCGUGAACGGCAUCGUGGUGGACAGCGAGGUGAAGGGCGGCGCCAGGAAGGGCUGGGAGGGCGUCUACGAGAUCAUGUUCAAGAGCUCCACGCCCACGGGCCAGCGCGUGGCGCUCGUGCUGCUCGUGAUGGUCUCGAUGAGCGUCGUGGUCGCUGUGCUGGACAGUGUGGACGACAUUCGGGAGGACAUCGGCGACUAUUUGUUGGCUCUGGAGGCGUUCUUCACCGUCGUCUUCUCCGUGGAAUACUUCUUGCGACUGGUGUCUCUCCGCAACCCGAGCAGGUUCGCCUUGAGCUUGAUGGGCUUCGUCGACGUGUGUGCGCUGGUCCCGUCGUACUUGGGUUUCAUCCUGCCGGACGCCAGACCGCUGCUGCAUCUAGCGGUGUUACGUAUCUUCCGAGUGAUGCGCGUGUUCCGACUGCUGCGACUUGCUCGGUUCGUGGAUGCAGGCGCGGCGCUGAGUGACAACAUCCAGUCUAACAAGCGGCGCAUCGCGGUGUUCCUUGUGGCGCUUUUCACGAUGAUUCUCGUCAUUGGAUGCGCCAUGUACCUCAUCGAGGGCGACCGCCACGACUUCUCCAACAUCCCGAUCAGCUUGUACUGGACAGUGGUGACCAUGACGACGGUCGGAUACGGAGAUAUCUCGCCGCAGACCAUUGUGGGUCGCAUGCUGGCCACCAUUGUGAUGUUCGUGGGUUACGGUAUCAUCGCCUGUCCGCUGGUGCUGAACCAGGCGGGAUCGCAGGACAUCCUGACGGAAGUGAUCGAGUGCCCACGCUGCUUCCGACGGCUGCACCAAGAGGACGCCAAUUUCUGUCGCGUCUGCGGUACUGCUCUGCGCCAGCCUCGUGCCAAGAGUAUUAAGGCGCGUCGCGACCGGCGACUUCGACUCGCGAAGCUACGACUCCCGAUCCCUGAGGACGGUCUGCCCUUGUCGACGACGUCCACCACUAGAUCCACUGUGCGUCUGCUCUCGGAGGACCUGGACUCGACGCGGACAGUUCGCUCGAGCAUGUGACAGUUUGACGCUUUGGCCCUUUGAAAUUGUGCAGUGGCCACGCGUCUGGGUGGCUUGUAGGAUAACCACGCGCUCGCAUGGGCGUAGGAGCGCACGAUAGACAAUGUACGUAUGCGUUUUCCGUCAA